AAGCGCACUCGUCGCUAAACUUUAGGGGCAUAUGCCAUGCACUGAUCACUUAAAGUUCAACUAGUGGUGAUUUACGAAGUCCAGACUACACUCAGUAAAAGAAAUAAAAAUGGCCCAAAUGUACUUAGCUGUCACCGUCGUUGUGUUGUUGGCGAUCUCACACGGCGUCAGUGCGAAACGAGGGUGUUCUGCUUUUGGCCACUCGUGCUUCGGCGGCCACGGCAAAAGGUCGGGGGAUACUGCUGCCAUGGAUCAGUUAUCAAGUCAGGAGCUGAUGGUGCGCCACCAGUUGGGGCAGGAGGAGACGCCGCCCCACCCUGUGUACCCUCAUUCCGGAUACAACGUGCUACCAUCAGGGGAUGACAUCAUCCCCAUCAGGGACGGAGGUGAGGAUGACAGUGUUUACGACCACGAGGAGAGUGCGCGCGCCCGAGAGGUAAUGAAGAUGAAAUUCCGAAACAUCUUCAAACAUUGGAUGGACAACUACAGGCGGUCACAGCAAAACCCAGACGAUGGUUACUACGUUGAAUCCCUAUAAAUUAUAUUAAAUAUAUGACAUACUACCCAGUCUCUAACAAAUCUUUUAAACUACCUUCACGAG